UCAGAAUGUCGUGUGAUUUAAAGCCUCUGGCGAGAAUUGUUGACUAUGAACAAGUGCAGGAAUUGCUGGGCUUCCGUUCAGAGGAAUCUUGGCUCAAUGCUGUGCACUUCUCCUUCUCUCCCACCGGCGAGAUAAUGGUGUUCGGCCACGGAGCGAAGCUCAUCUUCCUGUCCUCGCGAUGGGACAGCGAUUUGGGCCAGAACGCCUUCUCGAUUUGCUGGACAGGCGAUCUGGAGGAUCCGAAUGACAUUGUUACGUCUGUCCUUUGCCUCCCAGUUAUGGCGUUGAGCACAUCCUCGCAGAGUUCAGCUGACUGGACACUGAUUUGCGUGGGUUUGUCAUCGGGAUUUGUUCAGUUCUACCUGGAUUUUGGCGCUUUGUUGUACACGCAGCAAUUCCACACGGAACCCAUUCAGUCCAUCAAGGCGCAGAGCGGGAAGAGAUCCAACGAGGAGAUCCACAUUUCCUACACUUCGUGCGUCUGCAUCGUCCAGGGCGUCCACCUGUUCCAGAUCCUGCGAACUCUGCGACAGCAGCACUUCAAGAACCACACCAAUUCCUCCGAUCAGCUUCUGGAGACCAUUCCGUACAGGAAGUGGGGCUAUGGCGGCAAAUCCACCGCCAUAAACGAUUCAGUGGUCGUGGGCAGUCAAAUGACAUGUGCCUUUGAUCAUCUGCUGAACACGAGUCUGGAGAGUGGUUUCUAUGCCAAGUACAGAAGUACUCCGGCGCAGAAUUCCCUGGUUCUGGCCACUGGAACGAAGCCCUACGUUGGCUUCCACUACGCCAAGGAGGGCUUCGUGCAGCCCGUGUUGGCGGAUGUGGCGCGCGCCGUGGCGAGCAAGAUCAAAUCCGCCCUCCCUGGAUGGCUGACUGGGAAGCAGCCCAGCGUGGCUGAGAGUCAGACGCCCCCUCCCGUCCCCGCAGAGUCCAUGUUCUGCCGCUUCGGACUCUGUGAUAUCCAACGAAGCGCGUCUGCAGUUUGGCUGGCGCCGGGAAAUCAAUUGGCCGCGGUGGCCGAUGCUCUGGGCAGAAUUGUGAUCAUUGACUGCCGCAGAGGCUUGGCUGUGAGGAUCUUCAAGGGCUACCGAGAUGCUCAGUGCAGUUUCAUCGAAGUGGUGGAGAAAGUGCCCAAGAGUACAGCUCUGAAUCCAGUGAAACCGCGUCGAGCAAUCUUCCUGGUUAUCUUGGCACCCAGGAGAGGAGUUCUGGAGAUCUGGCCACUGCAGAAGGGCCCCAAAGUGGCGGCAUUUGUGGCAUCGAAGCACAGCCAAUUGCUGUACUCUCCACACGGCUUGAUGGGCUUCACAACUGGCGCCAGACCCAAAUACACCAGCCAAACGUGUCUUUUCCUGGAUCCACUCGAUCACUCGCUUAAGGAGAUCACCAUUCCCUUUCACUGCGCACUCACGGACGCAAACUCCAAGACUGCCAAGGAUCUGCAUUUGCUGAAGAGGCUGAAAGCGACACUGCGAUCGAGAGACAAGAGUGAUCAGUUCCUCACUGAGAUUUCCACCAUUUGCCACACCAUUCAAACGGUGGAGUUUCAGCUGCAGUGUCUGGAUAUGAUGAUCGGCUGUAAGAAAUUAUCACCUGCCAUCCUUCAAUUGGCUGUCACGGCUUUCUUGAAGCCUCACGAAGCCGAAGAGGAGGAAGCGAAGGGCAGUAAUCACCAUUUGAUGACAAUGUGUCAGAAUUAUCAGAAACUGCUGGACUUUUAUGAGUAUCUGAGCAAUCCUGAUGGUGUCGACACAGAACAGGACGACGAAGAGGCCAAAGAUGAGCCUGAGAAGAUUUCUCUCAGUGCUUCAGAGUUGGAUACAAUUCAAAAGCUCUUGGAUCUCGCCACAAUCAGUAGCAAUUGCGAAUUGUCCACGCCAAGAGUGAAAUUCAGUGAUAAGGACAUGACAAAGAAUUCCUUCAUUGACUUCCUGUUGAUCUUCUCUGUUUCCUCGCCGGAUGGAGUGUCAAUUAACACUGAGAAAGAGGAUAAUUUCCACGAAGCUGGCGAAGCGAUUUUCUCAAGCUUCUUGGACAGAGGAAUGACUUUGAAGCACUUUGCCGAAGUGGCUGAGAAGAGUUCGGUGGUUUCUGAUGACUUCAUGAGACUUCUUCUGGCUUUUUGGCUUCACAAAGACUUCAAGUACACGCGUAGUGAUGAGCUGUUUGAAGAUCUGACCAGAUUCUCUAGUAUCACGAGGCAGUUGUGUGCGCUGGCGGGUGAUAGAGUCAAUUACCAGUACAAUUCUCUCUGUGUUUGGUGGCAAAAUAUCCGGGAAAUUCUCCUUGAGAGUCCCAAUGCGAUGAGAGGACUUCUGGCGGCUAUUAUCUGUCGGAACAUCGCUUUGCAGAUGAACAAAGACAGUCCUUCGGAUGAGGAGAAUCAUUGGGAGCAAGUUUCUCAGGAGACUUGCCAGUGGACACUGCUUAUUGGCAAGUUAGAUGACAUAUCCAUCUUGGGCACCAUUCUUAGAGCACCGCUGAAGUGUGAGAAUGCUGUCUUGCCGCUGGUGAAGUACGAGAAUCCCCACAUCAGCCUUAAGAUGAUCGUCAACGGUGGCAAAGGAAUCAUUGCUGAGUUGGUGGCGAAGUGGAUAACAGCUUCUGGGAUUGAUGUGAAGCUUCUGCUGGAGGAAGAAGAAAAGGGUGAAAGCUCCAAGAAGACAUUCUACAGCAAACAAACGCCGAAGUGUGAAGAUCUGUUGGAGAAGUCUGAGAAGCCAAUGGAUAGAUCAGAGCCUAAGGAACCUGUUUUAACUCACCUGGCCACUCUUCGAGAGCACUUCCCCUUCAGCCUGCAAGCGUCUGUCUUGCUUGGGCAAAUGGCUUGGGAGUACUUGUGCUUCUGGAGUAAGAAUCUUGUUGCCCUGAAUUAUCUGGUGGCCGGACUGGAGUGUCUCAAGUGCAUCCCGAAGAGAGAUUGGGCGAUAAAACAUGGACUGUGCUGCAUGAUUUGGAAUGCUCACUUGAAAAUACCACUGGAAGCGACGAAGAAGCUGAUGAAUAAGGCAGGAAGGCUGCCCAAAGAGAAACUCUGUCUUCAGGACAUUGGCAUGUCUGAUGCGAUUGUGCCGGAAUUCCUCGAGCACUGCUCGACAUUUCUCGAUCACUUUGCCGAGAGUCUGGAGAAUGACAAGGUGGAUUUGAAGUAUGAGGAACUGUUGCAGGAGGGACCCAUACCUCUAACCCUCCUAGCAUUGCAGCAGAACACCGGCAAUCCUGUCCUUCUCGCACUCCACCGGGAACUGAACGAAGUGAUGCACUUGAUAGCCUUCUUCAACAUCAAAUACCACAAACCCAUCCAGACUCUCUUCGAUGCCAUGUGCAAUCAGGCCUUCUUCACGGAAAUCACACGACAACUGUCCGAUCCUCUGCCACCGACGAAUCCCAUUCAGCGCGAGACACGAUUUGAGUUCCUCUGUCGUAUUGUCACAGCCUCUAUUGAUCUCAUCCGUGUGGACGCGAGAGAAACUUACCUUGUGGAUCACAUUUUGUGGGUGAUGAAGGCGGAGAACUUGGCCAGCAAGUGGCAAGUGGACAGAAACAAGCUGAAGAAGCAUCAGAUUGUUGAGUUGUACGCUCAUGGAUGGGACAAUUAUGCUGAGCAGCUGCUCGAGGAUGUGACAGACACUCAGGAUCUGGGAAUAUUGUUGCUUGAGAUCGCCGGAAGACGCAUGAUUCUGUUCCCCAAAGUGUUGCCGAUCAAUAAACAAGGCACUUAUGGGACUCAACUUGCUGACUAUCUGGAUUCAUUGUAUAUCAAGCACACGUGGCCACAGAUUCGUCAGAAUGUUGAGGAUAUAUCAUUCGACAGACUUGUAGAGCUUUGCACGAAAGUGUUCAAUUGCCUGUCCCAGAAGGACUCCAGAGAGCUGCGAAUUGCCGGUGAGCUGUUCGACGCUUGCAUGACGAUUCGCGAGAAUGGAAUGAUUGAGAACCACUAAAUGGUAUGUGUAUCUCUGCAAUGGUGCUCUUGUACGUUAAUCCAAAUGAGGAAGAAUGAAGUGUUACGUUGAUUCUGCAUGUGCACAUUAAAUAACUCACAACAUGUUACAUUGAUUGAUCGCUAUUUGGUGACAAAGUCCCUCAUGCAGCGCCUAUGUUUGGCCCUGAGGAGCAAUUCGGGCAUCUUGGGGCGCUCAAUCUCCACCGUUG